GGAACAAUCAUCGCGGGGUUGAACGCACACUUCAACAAACGAAACCUCCCCCAACACCCACCUGCACCCCGAACCUCCGCCCUCACCCUUACCGACUGCAUUCCGCCAACGAGAUCUUUCAAGAUGGCGAUAGAUUCGGAGGAAUUCCUGCACCUGGCCAGGCCUAUUGCACCCUCGAUGCCAGGCUUCAACAGCAACAUCUCACCCAUGACCGUCAACAUCCAGCCACAAGCCAUCCUCUCCAUACUCGACCAUGCCACGCGCAGCGACGAUCCACCCACACCCAACUCGACUGGACCCAAGCCUCGCGUUAUUGGCGCCCUGAUAGGAGUCCGCAGCGAAGACGGUACCGAGGUCGAGGUGCGCAACAGCUUUGCAAUCCCGCAUGUCGAGAACGAGGAUCAGGUCGAGGUGGACGUCGAGUUCCAGCGCACGAUGCUGGCCCUUACCCUCAAGGCCUCGCCUCGGGAGACCCUGCUGGGCUGGUACGCCACCGCCCUCGAGCUCAACAGCUUCUCCUCCCUCAUCCAGAACUUCUUUGCCGCCCCGGAGACCGGCACCUUCCCUCACCCGGCCGUUCACAUGACCAUCUCCACCGAGCCGGGCUCCGACAUCGAGACCAAGUGCUACAUCUCCGCACCUGCCGCCGUCAACCCUGAGCGCGCCGCUGAGUCGUGCCUGUUCAUCGAGGUCCCGCACAAGCUCUCCACCGGCGAUGCCGAGCGUGCUGCCCUCGAGGCCAUCGCCUCCGCCUCAAACAAUGAGAGCCGCACCGCGCCACUUGUGCCCGAUAUCGAGGGGCUGGCAACCGCCCUUGCGCAGACCGAGGACCUGCUGGAGCGAUCGAGCGGCUAUGUGGGAGAGAUUCUGGACGAGGAGCGGGACCCUAACCAGGCCCUGGGCCAGUAUCUGAUGAACAACCUGUCCCUCGCGCCCAAGGUCGACCCGAGCGCCAUCGAGCACGACUUCAACAAUCACAUCCAGGACGUGCUCAUGGUGAGCUACCUCGCCAACAGCGUCAAGACGCAGAUCGACCUCGCCCAGAGGCUGGCGACCGCGCCGCUAUCGGGACCCCAUGCCGAGGGCGCCAAGGAUGGUGAGGACGGCGCCAAGGAGGGCGGACGCGGUGACCGUGGUGGACGUGGUGGAAAGCGGGGUGGACGAGGAGGUGGUCGCGGCGGCGGUCAGCAGAGGGAACCAAGAGAGCCUCGUGAGCCCCGCGAGCCACGGGAGAACGGCGACUGAGCGAUGAGUGUGUUGGACUUGAUAGUUGUGCAGACAUCAGACCUUCUCUCCAUCCAUAUACAGUGGCCUGUGCAGUAUCGCCGGCGAGGGACUGACCAGGACCGCGAUUCGGGGUCAUGCUGUUGCGGUCUGAUCUCAAGGGGGGAUCACGAGGCGGGACCGCCUUGGGGAAAGGGAAAAAGUGACAGCCCGACAGGCGUUCAAGGGGUAAUAAAUAGAAAUCGAUGGGCGCGGAAAAAGAAAUCUCACGUCAUUGACAUUUUG